AUGGAGAACCGCGGCGAUAUCCCCCUCCAGACUGUCGUCAGCCACACCCCCACGCAAUCGUCGCCUACGUCCGGCAAUGAGAAGUCGGAGAAGUCACACAUGUUCUCGCGGGGACGCAGGAAGGUGGCUUUGGCGCCGGUGGACUCCAGGACAGGAGCGCCGUUGCCUCCCCGCCCCCAUGAAGAGAAGACGGCCCUCAACCGCAUGGGCAGGAUCUACACCAAGAUCCUGAACUGGAGCAUUGUCACGCGCUACAUGAUCUAUGUCGCUCCUGUUGCGCUGCUACUCGCCAUUCCCAUCAUCCUCUCGCAAACCGGCACAAUCACUGGUUCAAUCGGCGGCACAGGCCAGAAGAAGUUCUGGAUCUGGAUCGAGAUCAUCUGGCUUAGUUUCUGGGUCAUGAAGAUUGUGGCACACUUCCUCCCCAACAUCUUCGAAUUCCUCAUCGGUGUGGUCAGCCCUGGUGUCAAGAAAUAUGCGCUGCUCUUGAGGGCUCUCGAGAAGCCGCUGUCUUUCGUUUUCUGGAUGAUUGUUAACCAGGCUACGUUCCCUGCACUUAUCCGACCUGUUGCUGGUAGAACUGGCGAGAACUACCCAGGAUGGAUUGGCACGAUGCAGUCGGUUCUGCUUGCCCUCCUUGUCUGCACCAUCAUCAUCCUCGCCGAACGCGUCUUGAUCCAGCUCAUCAGUAUCAGCUACCACCGCAAGCAGUUUGACGACAAGAUCAAGGAGUCGAAGCGCAACAUCUACCUCCUCGGUAUCCUCUACGACACUUCGCGAGCGCUUUUUCCCGCCUACUGCAACGAGUUCGCUGAGGAAGAUUACAUCAUCCAGGACACAAUUUUGGAUCUCGGAUUUGGCAGCAAGGGCAAGGGCACGGCUAAGCAUGGCCGCUCAGGCAGUCGCACUCCCAUGCGUCUCAUCCAAGAAGUUGGCCGAGAUGCUGGUCGCAUUGGUGAUAAAAUCACAUCUGUCUUUGGUACCAUUGCUUCUGAGAUUACCGGAAAGAAGGUCUUCGACCCCAACUCUGCUCACUCCGUCGUCUUAACUGCCUUGGAGAGAAACAAGAGUGCCGAAGCUCUGGCUAGGCGUAUCUGGAUGUCUAUGGUCGUCGAAGGCAAGAAUGAGCUCUACCUGGAGGAUCUUGUCGAGGUCAUGGGCCCUGGCCGCCAGGAAGAGGCGGAAGAGUGCUUCGCUGCAAUCGACCGCGACGGAAAUGGCGACAUCAGUUUGGAAGAGAUGAUCUUGACUGUGACUGACUACGCCAGACAGCGCAAGUCUAUCAACUCCAGUAUGCACGAUGUCGACCAAGCUAUCAACGCCCUCGACGGUCUCAUUAUGACUAUCGCUGUCAUCGUCUGCAUCUUCGUCUUCGUCGCUUUCCUCGCCCCGGCUUUCCGCACCACCCUUGCUACAUCCGCGACCGCCCUCCUAUCGCUUUCCUUCGUAUUCGCGACAACCGCACAAGAGGUUCUCGGUUCCUGCAUUUUCCUCUUCGUCAAGCACCCGUACGAUAUCGGCGAUCGCGUCGACAUUACCACCGAGCAGCUCACUGUAGAGCACAUCGCUUUGCUCUACACCGUGUUCAAGCGCGUCACCAACGGAAAGACUGUCCAAAUACCCAACAUUGUCCUGAACUCGCUGUGGGUGGAAAACAUCACACGAAGCAAGGCCAUGCGAGAACAAGUUUCGGUAUUCUGCGACUUCGGUACCUCAUUCGAGGACAUCAAUCUGCUCAAGAUGGAGAUGAUGAGCUUCGUUCGCGAUCCGGCUAACGCCCGCGAGUUCCACUCUGAUAUCGACAUCGAGGUUGUCAGCAUCGCCGAGAUGAACAAGCUCGAGCUUCGUGUCGAGAUCCGCCACAAGAGCAACUGGUCCAACGAGUCACUUCGCGCUUCUCGCCGAUCCAAGUUCAUGUGCGCGCUCGUCGUCGCUUUGCGCAAGGUUCCGAUUAACGGUCCUGCUGGAGGCGACGCUGCUCUUGGCUCGCAAGACAAGCCCACCUGGUCCGUCGCAGUACCACCCGCUGAGGCUGUCGCAGCGUACGAGAAAUACAAGGCCAGCGCCGAUGCCGGCCGUCUCCGCCCACUCAACCCCAAGGAAGAGGACACCGGUAGGACUUCUGGCACUGACUACUUGGGCGUCGGGACAGAAGGCAACGCAAUCACCGCCCUCAACAACAGGAAGCCAGGUCUAGACACCAUCCGCGACGACACCUGGGAAGCUCGCGGCGACGACUCUAGCACCAUCGGCCGUCCCAGCACAGACCAGCGACCUGACCUUGACGAAGUCCGCGGUCUCCUCCGCAAGGCCAGUUCCGCUGGAAAGCGAAAGGGCGGAACCACACUCUCGCCAUUCGGCUCGCGCGUCUCCGUCGAUACACCACGCCAGAACCCGCCUCCACCACUCCCACUCCACGUAGUACCCUCCGGCGGCCAAAGCACAUAUGCGCCCCCGCCAGGCGGCCCCCUACCCCCGCCAUCGAUGCCUCGCAGCACUGCACCCGGAUCGCCUAGUUCCAUUUCCACAGGACAGGUAGAAGAGUACUCGUACCAGACUAUGGUACCACCACCUCGCUCACGCAGCCGACCGCGCGCACCACAAGUAGAGGAGGAUGAGGGCGAGAGGCGAUGGGAUAUCAAUGCGAAUGCGCCACAACGCGCCCCGUCGAAUAAUAACCCGUAUAGGAGUCCGGGGUCGCCGCAGCAGGGCGGGUUUCAGCAGCAGUUUAAGAGGGAGUAG